AUGGAAGACAUACCUGGUAAAUGGGAUAAACAUUUCGAAGAGAUGAUGAAAAAAGCUAGUAGAAGAAUGUAUAUUCUAAGGGUUUGUAAACACUACGGGCUCUCUACACAUCAAUUGGAUCUUCUCUUCAAUAGUCUUAUAGUCUCUCUUUUCACCUUUACAGUCGAAGUUUGGGGUGGAGCAUCGUACAACAAAUACGUAAGUCAAAUUGAUAAGUUUGUCAAUCGUGUCAAUGGUUAUACAAGCAACAGAUCAGAUUUUAAAGCAACAAUAUCGAACAGAGACAAGAAAUUAUGGUCAAGAAUUAUAAAUGAUGAAAAGAAUGCCUUACGCAAUCUUUUACCUAGUAAGUUAAAUCAACCUUUACGACGGAGAGGUCAUGACCUUGAACUACCAAUUGUUAAAACUGAGAG